AUGAUUUUAAUGAUCUUUUUCUCUUUGUCUCUUAUCUGUUGUGAAGUUCGUCAGGUUUGUGUGGGGAUUUUGCUCUGCUCCCUGCAGGCCACGAUCGUACCGGCUCUGGACUGCUCAGGCCAGGGUCUUGAAGGAGCUUCAUGUACCAUCUCAGUGGAGAAGCUUCUGGACCGAGCCGUUCAACACGCCGUGCUCAUCUACCGCAUCUCAGAGGAGUCCAAGAUGAUGUUUGAGGAGAUGUUCAUUCCUUUAUCAGUUAUGAACCCACAUGUUUACGGAGGGACCUUGUGUGCACCCAGAACCGUUGCAUUUCCAGCAACCAAAAGUGAAAUCCAGCAGAUCUCUGACAAAUGGCUUCUACACUCUGUAUUGAUUCUGAUUCAGUCUUGGAUCGACCCACUGGCGGAUCUACAGGUGUCUAUGGAAAGCUACGACAAUGCCCCAAGUGUUCUGCUCAACAGGACCAAAUGGCUGUACACCAAACUCAUGAGUCUAGAGCAGGGUGUACUAAUUCUUAUUAAGCAGAUACUGGGUGAAGGUGGUUUGCUGUUGGAUAUCCCCGAAAAAACGUCUGAUCUCUUGGACUCUCCUGACAUCUUUGAGUCCGUGAGGAGAGACUACAGUGUGCUCUACUGCUUCAGGAAAGACGCUCACAAGAUGGAAACGUUCCUCAAACUGCUGAAAUGUCGACAGACAGACAAGCAGAACUGCUCCGUUUUCUAGAACGAAAUCUCGACGCCAAACUGCUCUUGCCAAAUUAUUUUAACCGAUUCUAUGCCGCAGCUAUUUCUGUUAUCUGUUUGCAUUAGCACGCUUGGUUAUUUAUGAAUUAAAACCCUUCACUUUGAA